CGUCCGUCGUACUCCCGACUCUACGCUGGCUCGAUCUCUUGGCAGCAACCCCCGGUUUUUUCAUACUCUCAGUCGGAAUCGAAUUCCAUCGUCUCAGACUUCCCCAAACGCCCUGAUUCCGAACGGACCAAUUCCAAAGGGAUCCGAAUUCCCUGUUUUUGGGCGUUGCUAAAACCGGCCGCCGCCGCAACUUUCAACGCUAUUCCGGAAUUACCCCUGCGCCUUCGAAGAAGACCAUGAUUUCUUCCCCUUAUUGAAUCCCUAACGAUUUCUCCGGCACAAUCCUCGAUUUCGAUCGCAAUGUCGCAGGAGGAGAUUGCGACGGAAGCGAUAAAGCACGCUCUGAAGGCUCUGCGGAGGCGGCAUUUGGUGGAAGAAGGUGCUCAUGCUCCAGCUAUCAUCGCUCUUUCGAAGCCAAUUCUUCAUCAGGGCUCAGAAUGGAAGGAGAAAGCGGAGAAUCUGGAAAUGGAACUGCAGCAGUGUUACAAAGCUCAAUCGCGGUUGUCCGAGCAACUCGUGGUGGAAGUAGCAGAGUCCAGAGCUUCAAAAGCUUCACUUCAAGAGAAAGAAGCGGCAGUGGCUGAUCUUCAGAAGGAGUUAACUGAAAAAAGGGAUGAAUGCUCUCAGUUAGCGGCUGACUUGGAAGAGAAGAUUAAAGCUUUAGAAUUGGUUGUGAAUGAGAACAAGGAAAUAAGAGCACAGCUAGAAGCAAUGUCUAUUAGAGCUAGGAAUGCUGAGACUGAAAGUAAGGUGUUAAUUGACCGCUGGAUGUUGGAAAAGAUGAAGGAUGCAGAACGCCUUAACGAGGCAAAUGCACUAUAUGAAGAUAUGAUUGAGCGGCUUAGGGCCAGCGGUUUGGAAAAACUUGCUAGGCAGCAGGUAGAUGGUGUUGUCCGCCAAAGUGAAGAAGGUGCUGAGUACUAUGUGGAGUCAACCAUUCCCUCUGCAUGCAAGAAUAGGAUCCCUGCCCAUGAAGGAGGUUGUGCAUCCAUAUUAUUUGAGUACAAUUCUGGCAGAUUGAUUACUGGUGGACAGGAUGGGUCCAUUAAAAUGUGGGAUACAAAUAAUGGGUCACUAACUCAUACACUUCACGGUUGCAUUGGUUCUGUUCUGGACCUGACGAUUACCCAUGACAAUAAAUCUAUCAUUGCAGCAAGCAGCUCAAACAAAUUGUAUGCCUGGGAUGUUAGCUCAGGGAGGGUUCGCCACACUCUCACUGGUCACAUGGAUAAAGUGUGUGCAGUAGAUGUCAGCAAAUUCUCAAGUCGUCAUGUUGUGAGUGCAGCUUAUGAUCGUACCAUAAAAGUUUGGGAUUUGCAGAAAGGUUACUGCACCAAUACAAUCAUGUACCCGAAAAAUUGCAAUGCUUUGUCAUUCAGCAUGGAUGGACAGACCAUAUGUUCAGGCCAUGUUGAUGGAAAUCUUCGUUUGUGGGAUAUUGAGAAAGGAAAGCUACUCAGUGAAGUAGCUGCACAUUCAAAUGCUGUGACAUCUAUAUCUUUGUCCCGAGAUGGCAAUGUUAUACUGACCAGUGGGAGAGACAAUGUGCAUAAUUUGUUUGAUAUGCGGUCUCUGGAAGUCCGCCGUACAUUAAGAGCCACUGGAAACAGAGUAGCGUCGAAUUGGAGCCGGUCCUGUAUCAGUCCAGAUGACAAUUACGUUGCUGCUGGAUCUGCUGACGGUUCUGUGUAUAUUUGGUCAAUAUCGAAAGCUGACAUUGUGAGCACUCUGAAGGAGCACACUGCAUCUGUCCUGUGUUGUUCAUGGAGCGGGCAUGGAAAACCUCUAGCUUCUGCGGACAAGAACGGAAUCAUCUGUACUUGGACGUGACGGAUCUGGCCGAUUCCUUUUGUUCUUGUUUCCACAAGACACACGUAUACAUAAUGUACACAAGUUCGAUUAGAUUUGGUGUAAAUAAUGAUUCAUCUCGAAUUGUAGCGUGCCUGCAUUCGUCUAUAUCUCUCAUCCAAAUAUAUUGACUAAAUUUUAUUCAUUGCUUUGGCUAUUGUUGAUUCCUUGUAUUUUCUUGUUGAAGCAUAUCAAAACUAUCA